ACUGCACCCUUCCAGUUCAGAUUGGUGCAUAUCAGUGACACCGGCAACAGUGAGCCGUGUGGAUUAUGACGAGAAGUAGCCCUACUUAAUACAGCUCAACUACUUCACCUGACUUUUACAUCCUUUUAAAUAGGCAGCUUUACGUUUGUUUUAUUUUUCUACGGUCGGCUGUAGACAACGUGAUAGCUAGAAAACAUCCGUAUCGCUGAAAAUGUCAGUGGUUGGAUUUGACUUGGGCUUUCAGAGCUGCUAUGUGGCUGUAGCCCGAGCUGGAGGAAUCGAGACAAUCGCCAAUGAGUACAGUGACAGAUGUACACCGUCAUUUGUGUCAUUUGGUCCACGAAAUCGAGCUAUAGGAGCAGCUGCAAAGAGCCAGGUGGUGACCAACUGUCAGAACACGGUACAAGGCUUCAAGCGAUUUCAUGGCCGGGCUUUUGCAGACCCCUAUGUCCAGUCAACCAAGUCUAACCUGGUGUACAAACUGGCACAGUUGCCCUCUGGAGCCACUGGUAUAAAAGUGAUGUACAUGGAGGAGGAGAAAGUGUUCAGCAUCGAGCAGGUGACUGGGAUGCUGCUGACCAAACUGAAGGAGACUGCUGAAAGUGCACUGAAGAAACCGGUUGCAGAUUGUGUCAUCUCGGUCCCGAGCUAUUUCACCGAUGCAGAGAGGAGAUCUGUCAUGGAUGCGGCUCAGAUCGCAGGCCUCAACUGCCUACGACUAAUGAAUGAGACCACUGCAGUGACUCUGGCAUAUGGCAUCUAUAAGCAGGACCUGCCAGCUCCAGAAGAGAAGCCCAGGAUAGUGGUGUUUGUGGAUGUGGGCCAUUCGGGUUACCAGGUGUCAGUUUGUGCCUUCAACAAGGGAAAGCUCAAGAUCCUGGCUACUGCGUUUGAUUCGGAGCUUGGCGGCAAGGACUUUGACGACAUUCUGGUCAACCACUUCUGCGAGGAGUUUGCAAAGAGGUACAAGCUGGACGUGAAGUCCAAGCCCCGGGCUCUGGUGCGACUCUAUCAAGAGUGUGAGAAGCUCAAGAAGCUGAUGAGUGCCAACUCCUCCGACCUGCCUCUCAACAUUGAGUGCUUCAUGAAUGACAUUGACGUUUCGGGUAAACUGAACAGAGGUCAGUUUGAGGAGAUGUGUGCGGGGCUGCUGGCCAAAGUAGAGGGUCCCCUUCGCAGCGUCAUGGAACAAGCCAAGCUGAAAAAGGAGGACAUCUAUGCAGUGGAGAUCGUGGGCGGAGCCUCCAGAAUUCCCGCCAUCAAAGAGAGGGUCGCCAAGUUUUUCGGCAAAGAGCUGAGCACCACCUUGAAUGCAGACGAGGCCGUGGCCAGAGGCUGCGCUCUGCAGUGUGCUAUCUUGUCACCAGCAUUCAAAGUCAGGGAGUUCUCCAUCACAGAUGUUGUCCCCUACUCCAUCUCCCUGAAAUGGAAUUCAGCCGCAGAGGAGGGACUGAGUGAUUGCGAGGUUUUCCAUAAGAACCACGCAGCUCCAUUCUCCAAAGUUUUGACUUUCUUCCGGAAAGAACCCUUCACCCUUGAAGCUUACUACAACAACCCAAAGGAGUUGCCCUACCCCAACAGCUCUAUAGGGCAAUUCCUGAUCAAGAAUGUGGUUCCUCAGGCGUCUGGGGAGAGUGCAAAGGUCAAGGUGAAAGUUCGGGUCAACGUUCACGGGAUGUUCAGUGUAGCAAACGCCUCGCUAGUAGAGGUUGUGAAAACCGCUGAGGGAGAAGAGCCAAUGGAGACAGACCAGAUAGUGAAGGAAGAGGAGAACAAAAUGCAGGUGGACCAGGAGGAUCAGAAACUUCAGGCUGGAGACUACGGAGACAAGAAAUCAGAGGCAGAGGAGAUGGAGACGACAACAGAGGAUGCCAAAGAAAAGAAGAAUGACCAGCCCCCUCAGGCAAAGAAGCCCAAAGUGAAAACGAAGACAGUGGAGCUGCCUAUAGAGAACAAUUUACACUGGCAGCUGUCCCCCGAUGUACUAAAUAUGUUCGUGGAGAAUGAGGGUAAGAUGAUCAUGCAGGAUAAGCUAGAGAAGGAGAGGAACGACGCAAAGAACAACGUAGAGGAGUACGUGUAUGACAUGAGGGAUAAACUGCACGGUGUCCUGGAGAAGUUUGUGAAUGAAGCCGAUCGUGACGUAUUUUCAUUAAAACUGGAGGACACAGAGAACUGGCUGUAUGAAGAUGGAGAGGACCAACAGAAACAAGUUUACAUUGACAAACUGGCUGAACUUAAGAAACUUGGCCAGCCAAUUCAUGAGAGAUACAUGGAAGCUGAGGAGAGGCCAAAAGCAUUUGAGGAGCUUGGCAGACAGAUCCAGCAGUUCAUGAAGAUCGUUGAAGCGUACAAGGCAAAGGAUGAGCAGUACGAUCACCUGGAUGAACUGGAAGUGACUCGGGUGGACAAGCAUGUGAAUGAUGCCAUGGUGUGGAUGAACAGCAUGAUGAAUCAGCAGAAUAGUCAGGACCUCACACUAGAACCUGUGGUCAAAGUUCAAGAGAUCCAGGCCAAGACUAAGGAGCUUUAUUCAGCCUGCAACCCCGUGGUUUCCAAACCCAAACCCAAGCCCAAGGUGGAGCCUCCUAAGGAGGAGAAGACAGAGAACGGGCCUGUCAAUGGGCAGGAGGCAACAGAGAACCAGCCGUGCAACCCCGACAAAGCCACAUCUGCAGGCACGGAACAGGGACCAGCGGAGAACAAGCUCCCCGAAAUGGACAUUGCCUAACUGUUGCAGCUGCCACCUCUGAGUUUCACCUUCGUUUGUCCUACUACCGGCCCUCAGUUCUGUCAUUCUGAGAUUACCACCGAUGGCACAGCAGUCUCUCUCUUGAAGACGCAGACAGGGGCGUCCCUAAUCAGUACUAUUCAUCAGUCAGCCUCCUCAUUUCUCAUUUUCUCUGAUGAAUAUUGCAUUGCAUUGACUACUUUAUGACAUAAAAGUUGUGGGAUGGAUGCUUUUGCCGUAUUGCCAUUAUGUUAUAGAUUGUUUUGUUCAGUGUCUUCUGAGCACAUUUAUGCUAAAGAAUGUCAGAUCUGAAAAAAAUUGUAAGCAAGUGGCUGGGCAGAAGAAAACUAGUAAUACACCCACGAUUCAUGAAAAUGUAAAAUACUGCAGUAUAUCUAAAUAAGGUAUAGACACAGUGGCACAUGCAGAAGAACAUGGAUUGUUCCAAGUUGUACAUGACAAGUAGUGCUUGUUUUUUUCCACUGCAGAUACUUCUAAGUGCUGGAUUAUAAUGUUUAAAGUUUAAAAGGACAAGAAGGAUGUUUUGUUGAGUUUACUUGUACUGUAUGUUAAAACGAGAUACUCUAAGUUACUGUCAUGCAGGAUUUCAUUGUUUGGCUUUCCUCUUUAAGAAGCAAUGGUCCUUUGGUUGUUCUCUGGUAGCCUUGUAUUGUUCUUUUUCUACUUAACAGUGUGAGGGCUGGUCCAACAAAUCACCUUCUGGGUGCUGCUGUUGUUGCCACAUCACCAAAAAAAAGCAAAAAUAAAUCUUGACCAAAAAAAAACAGCAUGUGGUGUGAGA